GGUUUAAAAAAUUCUGCCUUUGAAAAGACUGAAUCGACGUGGCGUGCGAGAGAGAGAGGGGGCGUCCCCGGCCUUCUUUAAAUGCGACGGCGCACAUAAAAAAGAAACGAUUCUGCGCCUAUAUGACGAAGAAACGGGCAGCGCCGCCGUUGGCCGCGGCGCCCUUUCGUCGGAGAUUGUGGCUAAGUCUUGAACUCGUCGCCGCCCUCUCGGUCCUCGCUUUCCUUUUCGUUGUUUUACGGCUCCAGUCCUACUCACUCACAACCCCGCAGCCGACGCUUCUUCUUUUCCGAGACCCCGUUCCCUUUUCCGGGGAGCCGAAGAUCGCCUUCCUCUUUCUUGCCCGCGCUGGCCUGAACCUCGAUUUCGUUUGGCAUAGCUUCUUCAAGAAUGCCCAAGUGGGGAAUUUCUCCAUAUAUGUUCACUCGAAGCCGGGGUUCAAGCUUGAUCAGUCGACAACGAGGUCACCCUUCUUUUACGGCCGUCACCUAGAGGAUAGCGUACAGGUGAAUUGGGGGGAGGCCAGCAUGAUCGAAGCAGAGCGGUUGUUGCUUAGAGUAGCUCUUGAGGAUCCCGCAAACCAGCGUUUUGUUUUGCUCUCUGAUAGCUGUGUUCCACUUUACAAUUUUGACUAUGUGUAUAACUAUUUGAUGUCCUCCCCAAAAAGUUUUGUGGACAGUUUUUCAAACAAAAAAGAGCGCCGUUACAAUGAGAAAAUGGCUCCUUCCAUCCCCAAGCACAAAUGGAGGAAAGGAUCUCAGUGGAUAACAUUAAUAAGAAGGCAUGCAGAAGUUGUGGUCGAUGAUGAUUUUAUUUUUCCAGUUUUCAAAACGUUUUGCAAGCGGAAGCUGGCGGAAGACAUUGAUGAGAAGCAAAUUUCUGAACCUGCUAGUGAGAAGAAGCAUGGUUGUAUUCCUGAUGAACACUAUGUACCUACAUUGCUUUCUAUGAGGGAGCUUGAAGAUGAACUGGAGAGAAGAACACUGACUUACACUUUGUGGAACAACUCUGGGAGUGAAAAGGAUAAGCGAAGUUGGCAUCCUGUCACAUUUCAGUAUGGUAAUGCAAGCCCCAAGGAAAUUGAAAAAAUAAAGAAUAUCGAUCAUGUAUACUAUGAAACAGAUUUACGUACAGAAUGGUGCCAGUGCAAUGGCACAUUUGUACCCUGCUUUCUGUUCGCGAGGAAAUUCUCCCCCGGUGCUGCCAUGCGCCUUUUGAAUGAGAGAUUCAUUAGACCUUUUGAAAUUUCAUCACUGUUACAGGAAUCGUCCUGAUUCCUGUUUACUAAAUCUACUCUAACUCUUCUCCAGCAAAAUUGAAGCUUCAUUCAGUAAUAUCAGCCAGUCAGAUAGUUUUCCUUGAGAUCAUCUAACAAAACAGCCAUAAAGAAAAACCCCAAUGGGACGAAGAUCAAGAGAAUUAACAUCAAAAAGCAGUCUGGAGAUAGAUUCAGGCUUCGUUCGGGACAGUUUUUUUACUGCUUCUUAAAGCAGCUUUAUAGUACAAAAAUUUUAAUUUUUUUACUAUAAAGCUGCUUUAAGAAACAGUUAAAAUGCCGUCCCAAACGAAACCUCAGUGUGUAAGCAAUGUCUUCUUCAGAUCUACCAACUUGUAACUUGCACUAGUAUAUAGAAAAACUGAAAUAAGGAAAGAGAUGUACAAGUUUAGGAACCACAUUAAACGGGAAUGAUUUACUGUAUCCCCGAGCAUCAUAGUAAGUAGGGAAAUACUACAAUUUUCUUUUUUUAUCUUUAUGGAAACUAUUUAAAAUGUAGAAAUAUAUCAUGGAAGAGCUUUUUAUGUAUAAAAUUUUCUCCUCGAAGUUUCAGUUCAA